ACUCAUCACCUCGUCGGAGCAAAACCACACCAAAAUCCUCAAUUCCAAGCUUUAUCUCUCUCAGCUUUCCGUCAUCUACGCCGCUGCUGUUGUAACCAUCAACCCUAUUACUGUUGUGUCACCGGGGUUUAUUAAUUGACACCCGAUCAGCAGUGAUCGGUGCUUUUUCUCCAUUUUUGCAAUUGCAAUGGGGGUUUCUUUCAAGGUUUCCAAGAAAGGUGCCCGAUUUCGCCCAACACCCAAACCUGAAUCCCCUUCUGUUCCGGAAGACAACGAUCCAGUUGACGACGCUCCUCAAAUUCAACCUGCUACUACGCGAAAGAGAGCGGUUGAUGUCACCAAGGAUGAUGGGGAUGUUGCUGAAAAUUUAGAUGCAGAAGUAUCUUUCAUUUUAAACAUCUUCCCAGAUGGAUAUUCAAUUGGAAACCCCUCUGAGUGUAUGGUUGGGCAUCAAAAUGCUGUACAGGAUGAUCCAAAAUGUUUGCACCCUUAUGAUAGGGCAUCCGAAAGUCUGUUUACAUCAAUUGAGUGUGGCCGGAUUCCCGCAGAUUUCUUGGAUGAUAUACCUUGCAAGUACAAUAAUGGGGCAAUUGUGUGUGAGGUGCGAGAUUACCGAAAGGAUUCUUCUGAAUCAGGAGUUAAUGGUCCAUCUACAGUUGCUUCUCCUACUAUUAUGAAAGUAUCUCUUAAGAUGUCAUUGGGUAAUGUGGUGAAGGAUAUCCCUCUGAUUUCUGAUGGUGCUUGGACAUAUGGUGAUUUGAUGGAAGCAGAGUCCCGGGUAUUAAAAGCCCUACAACCAGGACUUUGUCUUGACCCGACUCCCAACUUAGACAGACUCUGUAAGGAGCCAACUUCCUUAAAGCUAAAUCUGAAUAUUCCUGAAUUACGUCGGAAGAGAUUGAGGCAGAUGUCCGGAACUGCUCCUGCAUCUGACAAUCAGAUCCAGGGGAAGGCUUCCUUGGAUAGAGUCCCUGAAAACUCAAAUUUCAGGCUAGAAGACUCACGACCAAUGAUACAUCAACCUGACUUUGUGGAUCUGGCUACCCAGGAUGUUGGUCAGAGCAAUAUGAUAGUCACAAGGCCUAAAAACCAACCAGAUAGCUCCAUCCCAGCAUCUUCAGUUUCUCAUCAAUCGAAAUAUCAAACUGGUGUUGUAAACCCAAGACACAUGCAAGAUCAUGUGCCAGGGACUGUGUGUACUGCACCAGGACCUUCUUCUGCACAGGACAUGGUGAGUUCAUACACUGAUGGUUUAAGCUCAAUUAUAUCUUCAGUUCAUGGUAAAUGGGGAAACCAAGAUGGCCAGUUGUCCUCUGUGGCCAAUAUAAAUAAGCGAGCUAGGUCAAAUCCCAUGUCUGUUGAUGGUAAUCAACAACAGAUAGCAUCACACAUGGAUAGUAUCAAUGCACCUGACUCCCGCCGGAAAAACACGCUCAGACAGCAGCAAUCAAGUGGGGGAGGGAUUCAGUAUCCUAAUGUUGGCAUGCAAAAACAUCCUCAGCAAAUGUUUGAUGGGAAUUAUAAUCAGGGUACUGGGGCAAUGCCAUUUACAAUAGGCGAGCAGGGAAUAAGAUACAACCUAAACAAAGAGCUAGUUGGGAAUGAAAGGAUGGAAAAAUCAGAUCCCAACCAAACUAAAAAUGAGAUGCAUAUGAUCAAUGUAGAAAUGAACCAUGUUAACCCUCAACAUUCACGAUUGCAGCAAAGGUUGCCACAACAGUUCACAAGAUCGAAUUUCCCUCAAACUCCCUGGAACAACAUGGGUCAACCUCUUGAAAACAAUACUAGAAAGGAGGAACAUUUGCAGAGAAGAACGGUGGCACAAAGUCCCCGGAUCUCUGCUGGGGGUUUACCUCAAUCUCCCUUGUCACCAAAAUCAGGGGAAUUUUCUAGUGGAUCAAUGGGAAUGCAAUUUGGAGCUGUUGCAAUAGCCGCAGUUGGAUCAUCCCAGAAGGAGAAGUCAGUUGUCCCUUUGGUCUCUGCAGUUGGCACACGAUCUGUGACUUCUAGUUCCAAUGAUGCGAUGCAGCGGCAUCACCAAGUGCAAAUGGCAGCAAACUGCAGAUCAAAGUCCCUUCCAAUGACCCAUGUAAUAAGUGGAGUUGGGUCUCCUUCCAGUGUUGGUAAUGUGAGUGGUCCAUUCACUGCCAGCAGUCCUGUUGGGGAAGAGGUUGAUAGAAGCAUAUUGGAUAGGUUUUCCAAAGUCGAGAUGUUAACUAUGAGGUUACAACUUAAUUGCAGAAAAAUAAACAAGAUUGAUGAGUACAAAGAAAGUACUACUUUUCCUACUGAACAGCUGAUUCAUUAUCUUUUCAAUGAUCAUGAUGACGACACUCUCAAAGAUGAAGGAUGGAAGAUGCCACUGUCCAUGUCCCUUCUGGGUGGGAACAUGAACAUUUGCAAGACCAGGGUUUUGAAAUUGGUGCAGUAUGAACGACUGCCGCAAGGACAUGAGUCAAUGAUUCCCAAGGUGCUAACUCGGAUGAUAUUAACAGAGAAACAAAGUGAUCGCACUGUAGCAAUGCAUUAUGGAGAGCUGAAUGAUCGUGUAGCACCAGAAGAUUGGCUUCCUACACUUCCAAAUACUCAUAUUGCAGACUUGCUUGCAGCUCAGUUCUGCUCUCUGAUGUUACGUGAACGUUUUCGUCUACAAGACGACCACCUCCAGCUAAAACCACUUAACUUGGUUCAGUCAUCUGGUGGUCAACCUAGCAGUGCUCCUGGAGUCCUUGCCAUUCAGGAAAGUCUGGAAACUGUUUCGAACCAGUCGACCAAUGAAGUUGCUACACCAACUAAUGAUGUGAUUAACAAUGUAGCAAUAAGCUCACCACAGAACACGUUGACUGCAAGGAUGCACCCUCAUGGAAACUCUCUCUCCCAAGGCGGGGUUUCAAUGACGUCCAUCUAUCAGCAGCAGCAACAACCGCAACAAAACCCACAUUCGUUGCUGCAACAACAGCUCCAUAGAUCAUCAGCUACGAUGGUCACAUCAAAUCCGCUGUUAAAUUCAGUAGGGCAGAAUUCAAACAUGCAGCAGCUGGGUAAUCAUAUGCUUAACAAGGCUUCAACGCACCAACUUCAGUUGUUACAGCAACAGCAACAGCAACAAAUGCAGAGGAAAAUAAUGAUGGGGUCACCUGGAAACUUAGGCAUAGGCGGACAGAACAUUGGGGGUAAUCAUAAUAAUCACAUGGUGGGGCUCCAAGGUGUGGGAAAUGUUAUGGCGAUGGGGGGUGCACGAACAGGAACCGGGAAUGUGUCACCAAUGACCACCACCAUCUCAGCUGGCAUGGGCAGUAGCAACAUGGGUCAGAACCACCCUAUGAAUAUGAACCAGGCUGCAACUAUCGGCAAUGUGAUAAGCCAGCAACUUCGUUCUGGGCAACUAACGCAAGCACAAGCCGCUGCUUUCAUGGCUACAAAACUGAGGAUGGCACAAACUAAACCAAAUGUUUUGAGUGGACCUGGGGGCCAAUCCAGUAAUAUCAGCGGGUCGCAAGCUGCUAGUAGACAUAUACACCCAGGCUCAACUGGUCUUUCGAUGCUGGGUUCUGGUUUUAACAGAGGUAACGACAUGAACCCCAUGCAGCGAAAUGUGAUGGCUCCACCAAAAAUGAUGUCGGGCAUGAACCUCUAUAUAAACCAGCAGCAGCAACUUGGAUCCACAUCACAAUCACAACAUGUUCUUUCACCACCUCAGCAGGGAGGUUCAGCAUCUAUUGGAAUGACGCAGCAAAUGAGCCAGCCAACUCCAGUUAGCCCACAGAUAAGUUAUAUGGCUGGCCAACCUGCCAUGAGUGGUGGCAAUCAAGAGGGUCCGGCGAGUCCACAGUUGAGCUCACAGACCCUGGGCUCUGUUGGUAACAUGGCCAACUCUCCAAUGUAGUUGCAGGGUUCAAAUUGGUGUUUGAAACUAGGAUAAUCGUACCUUUUUAUAUCAAGACUUGAAACUGCAGUUUUUUGUGUAAAAAAAGGUAUGCGAGUUUUUGUGAGGUACAUUUGUAGGACAAAAUAAGUAGGAGCAGCUUUGUAGCAACUCCUUGAAUGCUUGGUUUGG